AUGUUGUCUACACUUGCUCUCUUAACGGCCGGGAGCGCCCAAAACCAGGGGCCUCCUGCCGGCUACUAUCCACCGCAGCAGAAUCAACAGACCACCACCACCACCUACUACAACUCCCCCGCCCCGAACCAGCAGGGUUAUCCGCCUCAGCAAGCGCCAGGCGGCGUUGCUCCAGAGAGGAAAGCUGAGAGAUCCACAGGCAGACCGGCCCGCCACAAUACCAGCAACAAUUCCAACAACCUUACCAGCAGCCCUAUCAGCAAGCCCCUGGGUACUAUGCUCCCGGUGCCAGCACUACCGUCACCAGCACAACGUACAAUAAUGGAACUGCCUAUCCGGGUUAUCCAGCCGGCUUUGUGGGAGGCCCUGCUCCGCUGGCAUACGCAGCGUAUCCUAUGGGCCCAGGCGCAACUUACCGGGAUAUUCGUCGCCAGCAGCGUCUGGGCUAUUAUUACUGAGCGGUCGCCGCAGUUUUGA